AGCGGUUGGCACAUCGACUCGACUUCCACCAUGCGUGCAAGCAAAAAAUAGAAGCAUCUAAGUCGGAUAGACCUUCACCAGAUUGCAUUUAAGGACAGCGUCUCCAGAGAUUUAAGGCAUCAUGGUCGGCAUCAUCACAGUGACUCAAUCACAGCUUUCCCAAGCUGCCUCGUCUGUUAUACAUUUGCAGUUCACAAGAGCUUUCUGUCCGCCUAUAAGUGUCUUCUGCUGCAUACCAAUUGCACCAACCAACGCCAACACGAGAUCGUAUCGACCGUUGGUCGAUUCUCAAUCAGCCGUCGACAUUUAAGAGCGCCCAUCUGCCUUUGGUCUUCCUGCUUAAGCCCUUCUCCUCUCGAGAUAGCCAAGCGCCCAUUAUGUCAAGCACCGCAUCGCGUACUACUCAGGCCAAUUUUACUGGAGUUGGUAGGGCCACUGAGGGGGGUAGAGGUCGUUCCUCUAGAAGGCCAGCGAGCCACAGACGUUCGCGAUCUGGAUGCUACACUUGUCGUCUUCGAAGAAAGAAGUGUGACGAGACACAUCCAGUCUGUGGAUCCUGUGGUAGCUUGAGACUCAACUGCGAGUACAGCAAGCCAGAGUGGUGGUCAGAUAUGGAACAUCGACAGGUUGAGAGGGACCGUAUCAAGGAGAUGAUUAGGGAGACCAAAGUCAUGGAGAAGCAAGCCAGGCUGCAAGGGGAGUUGGACAAACUUGUUCCCAGACCUACCACCAAGUACGACUUCAGCGCGCCCCCGGAGCACGGCAACUCAAAUGCUGGGCCUUCUAAUCAGCUUAUGCCUACUUUGCCUUCUCCAAGUCAACUGUUGUCUAGCAUGCCUCCUCCCCCAAGCCAACUUAUGCCUUACAUGCCUCCCCAAGUGACCACAUCUGUCUCGUAUCCGCAUGGAGUCAAUGUUCAAACUGAACAAAGGACUUUGGUUCAUGAUAGUGCUGCUCCCGCUUCAUUCAAUACAGUGGCAACGCAGCAGCCAUAUGUGCAGCAACCCAACAUGCAACAGCAAUAUGCACAGCAGCCAUAUGCGCAGCAGACCAAUGUACAGCAAUUCGACAUGCAGCAGCCAUACACACAACAGCCAUAUAUGCAGCAGCCCUACAUGCAGCAGUCAUACACCACGUACCCCACUAUGCCAGGCGGCGGAUGGUACCCGGGUUAUACCCAGCAACCUCAAUUCCCCAACGUUCCUAAUACAAGGGAGUCAGGUUCAAGCAAGAGACCAUUGUCCUGCUAUCUCCCGGCUACAGUACACGAUGUUGAUCCUCGGGAAAAGCGGCUCGUGUUUCACUUCGUCGAUAACGUCUUGGGAGCGAUCUUUCCCGUUCUUGACGUCCACCAGAAGGGCCUUUCUCGCUUCCGUGAGAUUCUCAAGUCCUUGGAGAGUAACAAGUCUUACUAUCAUUGCUCCCUUAGUGUGUCUGCCAUUCACCUGAAGGGCAUGCCUGGAAUCAACAAGGAGGAUAUGGAGAAUGAUGUUGUGCACCAUCGGUUCCAGGCAGUUUCGCAUCUCUGCCAGUCGUUGAAUGUGGAUCAUGGCCACGAUGCUAUGUUGGACGCAACACUCGCGAUGAUCUUCUUCCACGCCUCUGUGGGUGGACCACUCGACCACCAGCCAGACAUUCCAUGGAACGAGCACUUCGGCGCUGUGACCAACCUUGCCAACAAGCUUAAUCUCAUUGAAGCUCGCCCAAAUAAGAAGCUUCCAUUCAGGAUGUCACUUACAACAUGGAUUGAUAUUUUGGGAGCUACUAUGCUGGGCAGAUCCCCUCAGUUUGCACACGCCUACCGCACCAAGCAUUUGAACGGAAUCUCUUCCGGUUUAAAAGAGCUAAUGGGCUGUGAGGAUCGGGUCAUGUACUUGAUCUCUGAGAUUAGCUGUCUGGACUCACUGAAGUCAGAGGGCCGUCUCGAUACUCAAGGGAUCAACCACCACCUUUCCGCGUUGACCACACAGCUCGAUCAUCUUGAGCCCACCGAUCGAACUCUAGAUGAUCCCUAUUCCGCAGCAGGAGAGAUCAAUUCCGGUAUUUUAACGAAGAAUAUUACUGCUGCAUUCCGUGUCGCCACUCGGAUCUAUCUCUACAGCUUGGCACCUGGGUUUGAUCGCAAACAGGAAAGCAUCGUCAGCUUGGUUGAGCAUUUCUCGAGUGUUCUACGCUACAUCCCAACAGGUCCUUAUGGCUUUGAUCGCGCGCUCGUCUGGCCGCUCUUGAUAGUCGGAGUUUACUCAACUGAGAGAAGUGCUUUCCGUGGAAUUUUGGCCCAGCGUUCUACAGCUUUGGGAGACGCAGCUGACGCCGGCAGCUAUGGCCGCAUGUACCGGCUUCUAAAGGAGGUUUGGAGAGUCACAGAUGAGCCGCAGACAUUCGCCACUUCUACCGACGGGAUGAUAUUCCCUUCAGAGAGAUUGAACGACGGAUCGUUACAAAUGUCUGCGCCCAUCAACAGAACAAUUGGACAGCCGCUCAAGAAGCGAACCGGCCACUGGCGGGCUGUCAUGAAGCGCCUCGGAUGGCGCUUUCUCCUUGUCUAGGUUUCAACACCUGGACAUCUUGAAUAAGCAAAAUUGGAACUGGCUGUGGCCCUACAUCCAAUCUGCAGGUACAAAGCUACAAAUUCUGCCGUUUCUCUCGAGGACCCUAUUGAUAUUGAUGCUUGACCUAUUUUUUACGCGUUGCUAUUCAGUUAGUUCUGCCUGCGUGCUUCUGCUUUUGGCUUUUCCGGCUUUCUGUUUCGGCUUUUAUGCUCCCAACUACGCUUCUUUCAUUAUGACACCCCCACUGAGUUGUUGCUUCUUUCUGCCGUACUUGUUCGCUUCUUUAUUUUACUUUUCAUGCCCUUUUACAUUCCCGGGUACUUGACAGGAGACCGAUAUGGACUGCAUGAGCGAUGAGCACGAAUUCGUUGAAGGGAAUAUCCAUUCAUUAGAUAAUGUAUAUGAUUUAAUGGCUUCAGUUAUCUAGUUAGUUAGUUAGUUCUCUUUGAUGGAUCUUUGAAUUGACUUAUUUUUAUUAUUUA